CCUUGUGACUUCUUCAAUCAUGCUCGUGAUGUGCAUCGAGUAGACGAACAGCAAGGAAUUGUUUCAAUUACAGUUAUUUGAACAAAAUAUUCGACACAGUAGUUUGGGUAAAUAUCGAUGCAGGACACGCAGAAGUCACCGUGGCGCACGCUAACACAACAAAUUCGUCCUUCCUCCAGUAUUCGUUUAGGAAUCUAUGACCAGCCCCCGCUCCGUAAUCAAGCUCAGCCGCUAGACUUCAGAAUGGGCCCCCAGCGCCGCCGGCGUGCUGACAACCAUGAUGAUGAUGCUUUUGGUGCGAGCAAGCGACUACGUGGAGGAGCACACAUUGGGUCUAAAAGGACUCUUUUCAAUAGUGAAUCCACUAUGUCGAGCUUUUCUGAGAAGCGGUGCCUUGCCCUCUUCCAGGAAUACACAACGGUAGAUGACCCAAAAUUGAUGGGACCUGACGGUAUGGAAAAAUUUUGCGAAGACAUUGGCGUCGAGCCUGAGAAUAUUGUCAUGUUAGUUCUAGCGUGGAAAAUGGGUGCCAAGCACAUGGGCUUCUUUAGUGAAGAAGAGUGGCUCCAUGGUCUCUCAUCACUUCAGUGUGACUCCAUUCAGAAGAUCCAAGGGAAGCUGGACUACUUGAAGUCUUUGCUGAAUGACCAAAAUCAGUUCAAGAGUAUCUACAGAUAUGCAUAUGACUUUGCUAGGGACAAGGACCAGCGUAGUAUGGACAUGGCGACGGCAAAAGCUAUGCUGCAGCUCCUUCUCGGCAAGCAUUGGCCGCUGUGCGCUUCAUUCCACCAAUUCCUCGAGCAAUCCAAAUAUAGAGUGAUAAACAAGGACCAGUGGUGUAAUGUCUUGGAGUUCAGUCGCACCAUCAAGCCUGAUCUCUCCAACUAUGAUGAGGAUGGAGCCUGGCCAGUGCUUCUGGACGAGUUUGUCGAGUGGCUGCGUGCCAGGUACCCCCACCUACAUCGUGCCCCACACACAGCCGAGAACAGUAGCCUUCCCUCAUUUGGUGCCGCCUCAUGCAGCUGAGGGGAACUUGCCCUCUGCCUCAUCCUCCUCUCUCUCCUGGAGUACCCCUUCCCAAACAAGUGGAGCACUCGGUCGGUGCCCUGCACCUUGACCUCUUCCCUCUUUUGCACUCCCGGUCUCUGCUGCAAGAGUAUAGCACUCCAUGUCAAGAGGGCCAAAAUUGUUUUAAUGAACAGCUUCAGCCUUUGUUACCCUCUUGUCUUGCCUAACCGGCUUGUUUUCUUUAGUUAGGAACCGUACACACUACCUCUGUGCUGGACAUCUGCAAAAUUUUGUUGUGUGCUUGCCGUAUGGACAUCUUAAUGCAACAGUUUUUAUUAUUUUGUCUUGCAGGUUAGUUUUGGUUUGAGACAAAGCUUGAGAGAGUGCAUUUAGGUUGAGAAGGAGGCGCUUUUGAUGGAGUCAGCAUGUGCUGCAGUUGUCACGAAAUGGGUUGUUUGUCUUUUUUUUUUUCAUCUCUUUUCGUGGUCGUUCUUGUCUAUUUAUUCGUGUUGGAGUGGAGCAGCACACAGCUUGCUUGCAUGCACAGCGCAUCUUCCGACGAGAGCAAAGACUUCUCCAGCAAUUUCGUUGCCAUUGUGGCCAAAGGCAGUGCCAACUGUGAACAAUUGCUCGCUCUGAUCUGUACAUGUGCCUGCGAGCUGCUUUUGAGUUUUUUUUUUUUCCCCGGGAAACGUACACUCCCUAUCCCCCUCCUGCCCCAAUGUGGUUCCCACAAUGAAAUUUCUUUAUUCUUCACUUGAUAUCUUUGUUUUCCCGAUGUCCCCACAUUUGCAGAAAGAAAGAAAAAAUCCUCUGGACAUUUCCCCCCUUGACUAGAGCUCUAGUUGGCAAAUGCGCCACAUCCCAGCAAAGAUAGUCAUCAAGUGUGGCAUAUCAUGUUCUUCAAGCGCUGCUGUAUUGUGCCCUCUUGUCUGCCACUGUACCUAAGGGUGUUCCUGAUUGGCGUAGUCUGCCUGUGCAAGCCUCUCAUUUUUAUUUUGGGAGGGCAGUUCUUUUUAUAGAGUGUGUGUGUGUGGGCAUAUGGAGUGUGCUUUUUGUAUGAGGUGGGAAGCAGCAAGAAAGCACCUUAAGCGAGUCAACUUGCAUUCGUCAGCUGGCCAAGUAUGUAGCAGGGCAUUUUCAGGACUGAGAAUUGGGCGAGUUGGUAUAAGCUUGUGGCUGCGACAGCGCGUACAAGGACAAGUGCUCACAUGGUGUUCCCUAUUUUUUCUUGGUUCUUGUCUUUAGUUGCGCUGUUGCAGCCACGAGGUCCUUUUCCUGUCGGACUGCCGGUAAUUCAGGUGGCCUUGUUAGGUUUGGAUUGCAAAGCGCGCGGCUACAUUUAGCAAUUUACCAUAGCAGGGCCCUACAAAUAAACUCUGAAAGGAGCACAUUCCGUAGAUCGAACUUUCUAAGCAUUUGCUUUGACUAUAAUACGUUACGGUGGUGUAGUACACUUUUUAGCAGGUGCUGCUGCUCUUCCAAAAAAGUAUGCUGUAUUGAGACUGAAAUUUUAAAGGAAUAAACAUUUGAACAUGCAAAUACA